AUGCGUGCCGGUUUCAUUUCCCUCCUUGCCCUCAACGCCGCUGGCGUUUUGGCUGCUCCCCAAGCCACUACCAUUGACGCUUCUGCGCCUGAGGUCACCAACAUUGAUCAGCUCGCUGAUCUUGCCGCUGCCGCUUAUGAGACUGCCCAGGAACUGUCCGAGGACAAGUCUAAGCGCGCAAACACCUGCAACUGGAGCAAUGUCCGCGUCCGACGAGAGUGGGGAUCUCUUUCCAAGAAGGAGAGGAAGGACUAUAUCAGCGCCGUCAAAUGUCUGCAGGCUCUGCCUCCCAAGACACCGGAAUCUUUCUCCAACGGUGCCAAGACGAGAUAUGAUGAUUGGGUUGCCAUCCAUUUGAAUCAAACUAUGGGAAUUCAUUAUACGGGCAAUUUUCUGUCAUGGCACAGGUAUUUCACCUGGGUGUACGAGGAGGCUCUCCGAAACGAGUGUGGUUACAAAGGCACUCAACCUUACUGGGAUUGGUCUCUAUCUGCUGUCAGUGGUCUCAAGAAGUCCCCUGUCUUCGACGGAAGUGGCACGUCAAUUACAGGUGACGGCGAAACCAUCCCAAACCGACCAGAUAUCGUCCUCGGCGCCUCCAGCGGCCUCCCUCCCGUAUACCUCCCUACUGGUAACGGCGGCGGCUGUGCCAAGUCUGGCCCCUUUAAGGACAUGAGUGUCAAUCUUGGUCCUGCUGCACUUGAUCUUCCCGGCGGUGUAGUUGAGGCUCGUCCCAACCCUCUGGAGUACAACCCUCGCUGUCUGAAGCGUGACCUUAGCGAUGCUGUCAACCGACGCUACGCCAACGCCACUUCAGUCCUCAACAACAUCCUGCAGCCCAAGACCGUCCUCGACUUCCAGAUGCAGAUGCAGGGUGUCCCUGGCACUGGAGACAUCGGUAUCCACGGUGGCGGCCACUACUCCCUUGGUGGCGACCCUGGCAACGAUGUGUACACUUCUCCUGGUGACCCUGCUUUCUACCUCCACCACUCCAUGAUUGACCGUGUCUGGUGGAUCUGGCAGAUGCAGAACCCCAAGGAGCGUGUCAGCGGCAAGAAUGCUGUCCAGGGCACAAACACUUUCCUCAACAUGCCUCCCAGUGCUGAAACCACUCUUGAUGAUACUAUUGAUAUCGCCUGGAUUGGAGGAGAGCGCAAGAUCAAGGAUCUUCUUCAUACCCUUUCUGGACCUUUCUGCUAUGUUUACCUGUAG